UCAGCCAGGCAAGGGGAAGAACAGGGGUGAAGAGGACAGCAUGCAGAAGGCAUGGCACCCUAGCAACCCGGGGGGUGAUGCUGAGUCCUAAGACAAAACAGUCUCGGAGGGCCCAGUCCAAGAGUCAUGUGAUGGGAGAGCAUCACGGCCUUCCCUUCCGGCCUGGCCCCGCCUGCCCACCGGAGCAGGUGCUAAAAUGUGGCUGGUUAAGAAAGCAGCGAAGUCUCAUGAAGAACUGGCAGCUGCGCUGGUUCGUGCUCCAAGGAAACCAGCUCCUCUACUAUAAGGACGAGGAUGAGGCCAAGCCACAGGGGUUCAUCUCACUGCAAGGCAGCCAGGUGCAUGAAGUCACCCCAAAUCCAGAGGAGCUGGGGAAGCACCUCUUUGAAAUUAGUCCAGGUGGUUCAGGAGACCAUGACAAGAUACCUGUCAAUCAAGAAUCCUUCCUGCUCAUGGCUAAUUCCCAGAAUGAAAUGGAAGAGUGGGUCAGAGCCAUCCGGCGGGUUAUUGGGACACCCCUCUGGAAAGGUACUGCUCACAACUCUCGAGCACAUAGCCAGCAAGGGUUGGUUCCAGGCAUCUUUGGCCAACACUUGGAAGACACAGUCCAGUAUGAAAAGAAGUUUGGGCCACACCUGGCUCCUCUUCUGGUGGAGCAAUGUGCAGAUUUCAUCCGGGAGCGUGGCCUCUCCGAGGAAGGGCUCUUCCGCAUGCCUGGCCAAGCUAAUCUGGUGAAAGACCUGCAGAAGUCCUUUGACCGUGGGGAAAAGCCUCUGCUGGACAGGAAUACUGAUGUCCACACAGUGGCAUCUGUCCUGAAGCUGUACCUGCGGGAGCUCCCCGAGCCUGUUGUUCCUUUUGCCAGAUAUGAAGACUUCCUGUCCUGUGGGCAGCUGCUCUGCAAAGACAGAGGAGAGGGCACCCAGGAACUGGCGAGGCAGGUGAGAAAUCUUCCACAAGCCAACUACAACCUCCUCAAGUACACCUGCAAAUUUCUGGAUGAAGUUCAAUCUCACUCCAGCUUUAACAAGAUGAGUGUCCAGAACCUGGCUACUGUGUUUGGUCCAAAUAUCCUCCGCCCUCCAAUAGAAGACCCAGUAACUAUAAUGGAAGGCACUUCCCUCAUUCAGCAGUUGAUGACUGUCUUGAUCAGCGAGCAUGGACAGAUCUUCAGCCCCUCUUCAGUGGAUGGAUCAGGAGCUCCAGCUGACAACCCCGCCCCAGACUGGAUCUCAAAGAAGGAAAACAGAACUCCAGGCUCUGCUUGCUUGCCUUUGGAGGGAGCCCCUUCCCUGCUCAAGGCCUUGAUUCCAGAACCCCCCAGCCAAGGAAGCUGCAACCAGGCUCCCGGGAGUCCUGGAACAAGAGAGCAGAUUUUACCCACCAGGAAAUGCUCCUUUUGCCAGCCAGGAACCAAGUCAUUUGGUCCCAAAGUGGAUGUCCCCAGUUUACCAUCUAGUGGAAACUGGCUUUGGAAUGGGCUGUGUUCUCUUCACAGCCACCGAAAAGCCCCCUCGACAGAGCACACCAGAGACUCCAGUUCCUUCCACAGACUCUCCAUCUAUGACAACGUCCCUCUGAGCUCGCAGGGCAGCCCCAGCACCUCCUGGAAAGGCUCUCUGGCUGGUGAAUCUGUCAACAGCUGGGCCACCUGCAGGUCCGGUGAUUCCUCCACUCAAACAGAGUGGGCUGCGCGGGGGCCCUUGCUGUCCAGUGUCGCCCGCCUGGAGAACAGCACUGAGCGGUCCGACACCUUCUUCAGCAGAACCAGCGAGCCCAAGAGCCUGGCAGCUGCUUCCAGGGACUCGGUCGCCUGUUCGGGAGCCCUGCAGAGUCUGGUCGUGGAACUGAAGGCAGAGCUGAGCAAACAGAGGGUUGACCAUGAGGCCAAUAUCCAAAGGGUUGAAGAAACAAGCACAGAAUUGAAGAAAGUGGUGGCAAAGCUGGAAGAAGAGCUGGAUCAAGAGAAGAAGAAAUUCCGGAUGCUGGAGAUCAAAUUCAGGAACUCUGAGCGGGCCUGCGAAGACGCCAACAAGAGAAACCAGCUCCUGCAGAAAGAGAUGGAAGACUUCUUUGCAACUUUAGGGAAUUUAACGGCACAAAGCCCAGUGGACUGAGCACCAAAGAAAAAUGGGCAGCGAGGCAAAGCUCCCCCUCCCCCCCAGCUCUACGUCAUUCCACUUCCUUCUAGCAGAACGCCUGCUGAGGAUAAGCAGAGGCCCUUGUUGAUCCAGAGGUUUCUCAAGACUGCAGCAUUUGACACCAUCAGGGAAACGGUUAGCCUGAAGAGGAAUGAAGAGUUUGCUGAGGAUGAGGGAGAGGCAGGUUUCUCGUUUCACAGGGUCCAGCGGGACCAUGCCUUGUGUUUGCAUUUCAAUACUGUCUCUUUAGAAGCUGUGCCAGGCAUGGUUGCAAAUGGCCCCAGCUGUCUCAGGGCACCACCCUCCGCCAAAGGCAUGCAGCAUCUUCGCUGGCUGGAGGGC